AUGGGGAAAGACAUUCGAUUCGUGGAACUCAACACCGGCGCUAAAAUGCCUUCUGUUGGUUUGGGUACGUGGCAGUCUGAUCCCGGCGUCGUUGGCCAAGCUGUUGAGAUCGCCGUGCAGGCUGGAUAUCGUCAUAUUGAUGGUGCUAGGGCUUACUACAAUGAAAAGGAGAUUGGUUCAGUUUUGAAGAAGCUAUUUGAAGAUGGCCUCGUUAAAAGGGAGGAUUUAUUUAUUACCUCCAAACUUUGGUGCACUGAUCAUGCUCCGGAAGAUGUUCCUGUAGCACUUGCCAAAACCUUAGAGGACCUGCAACUUGACUAUGUUGAUUUAUACCUUAUUCAUUGGCCUGCCCGGAUGAAGAAGGACUCGAUUGGUGUCAAGCCUGAAUAUCUCAUUCCAACUGAUAUACCUAGCACCUGGAAAGCUAUGGAAUCCCUGUAUGAUUCCGCUAAGGCCCGGGCUAUAGGGGUUUGCAAUUUUUCUGUGAAAAAGCUUGGAGAUCUAUUAGCUGUAGCCAGGGUUCCUCCUGCUGUUUGUCAGGUGGAAUGCCACCCAUCAUGGCAGCAACCAAGAUUGCGGGAAUUCUGUGAAUCAAAGGGAAUUCAUCUCUCUGGUUAUUCACCUCUGGGCUCCCCAGGAACAACAUGGAUGAAAGGUAACGUUCUUAAGCACCCAGUGAUAGUUAUGGCUGCAGAGAGAUUGGGCAAAAGUCCAGCACAAAUUGCCCUCCGAUGGGGUCUCCAGAAGGGCCAUAGCGUGCUUCCAAAGAGCACUAAUGAACAACGAAUUAUAGAGAAUUUGGAUGUAUAUGACUGGUCCAUACCGGAUGAUUUGUUUGUCAAGUUCUCUGAUAUUGAGCAGACAAGAUUGCUAAGGGGUCACGUAUUUGUGGACGAGACUUAUGGCGAAUACAAAACAGUUGAUGAACUCUGGGAUGGUGAGAUCUGA